AUGCGAACUUGGAUGAUGUCGUUUGCCCUACGGUCAUCGGUGUUCGCAUAUCCUGAUGGGGCCCUCGCCGUGUGGCUCAUGCUGGCCUGUCGCUUCGAGGGGGCCACCAACUAGGUUGAUGGCGUAACGAUUGUCCUAGUACGUGAACUCGGCUGCGGGUGUCUCUCUCUGUAAUGUUCUGAGCAUCAAGGGCCACGGCUCCAAGUACGUCCCGCGUCGUUAACGUUGCGCAUGGCGUAUCUCGAUUCUACGAAAGGCUCAAUUUUUCGUCUCGAGCGUUCGGCGGCGCGUUCACCCAGAUGUUUGCCCUCAAACAUUUGUCGAGAAUAAGCAAGCCAAUGAAUCUAGACUACAGGACAGAGUCCGCUUUUCUUCUCUCUGUUGAACAAGUGUUGCGCCAUCACCCUGCAUGAUUUUAAGCUGUGCAUCGACCCGAACACACCUACUGUUAGCGCCCGCACUCCCACCUCUAGUUUUUGCCGCGGCUGG